AUGUGCGAGGCCCUUUAUAGGUCAAGGUUUUCUAACCCUAAAUAGUCGUCAACCUCAACGAUUCAUAUCCCGCUUCGCGAGGCAAAGUAACAAUUAUUUGUGUUAAAUUCUUUCACUUCGUGCAAAAACACGUCGAAUGAGUCUUUUUUCAUCAAAAUUUGAGUUUUUACAGUGAAGAACGAGUACCAAUAGAUUACUGACAAUUACUGGACCGUGAGAGAAGAAAUUAGCCUUGUAACUGUACAUGUGAUUUUGUUCACCACUUAAACAUGAUACGGAUACUCGGCGCUACGAAUUCUAAAGGUAUUCUGAGCUGUCACUUUCAUCUGGCGUGUGCAGAUGCCUUGGCAAAGAAUAAUAAAGAAUUCUCCGAGAAGCUAGCAGAUGGUCCACAAUUUGAAGAUUUCCUUAAGAACGACAUUAAAGAGUAUAAUGGCAAAUUAAAGUUGGAGGUAGGCGAGUCAGGGCGACUAAGACUACCGCCAUGGCUGAAAACAGAGAUACCUAUAGGCAAGAAUUAUAAUAAAAUAAAAGCACAGCUAAGGCAAUUACGACUGAGCACUGUCUGUGAAGAAGCCAGAUGUCCUAACAUCGGGGAAUGCUGGGGCGGAGGUAGUCAUGGUACAGCAACAGCUACUAUUAUGUUAAUGGGAGACACAUGCACUCGUGGCUGUCGCUUCUGUUCCGUUAAAACUGCACGUAAACCAUCGCCAUUGGAUGCGGAGGAACCAGUCAAUACUGCUAACGCAAUAGCGGACUGGGGUUUGGAUUAUAUCGUUCUAACAUCCGUGGAUCGUGACGAUUUGAAGGACGGUGGUGCUAGCCAUAUUGCAUCUACCGUUAAGGAAAUAAAACAAAGGAGCAAUAUUCUAGUAGAAUGCCUUGUGCCGGACUUCAGAGGUGACGAGGAUUGCAUCGCUACGAUUGUAAAUUCUAAUCUGGACGUAUUCGCGCACAAUAUCGAGACUGUGGAGCGUUUAACUCCUUUCGUCCGCGAUGCGCGCGCUCAAUAUAGGCAGUCGCUUGCCGUACUAAAAGCAGCUAAGAAGUUCAAUCCCAAUCUAAUCACGAAAUCGUCGAUAAUGCUGGGGUUGGGUGAGACUGAUCAGGAAGUCGAGCAGACUAUGCAGGAUCUGAGAAACGCCUGUGUGGACGCUGUAACACUGGGACAGUAUAUGCAACCCACAAAGAAACACUUGAAAGUUAUCGAAUAUAUACCACCCGAAAAAUUUAAAACGUGGGAAAAUAUCGGAAAUCAACUGGGCUUUUUAUAUACAGCCAGCGGUCCCUUAGUUCGGUCAUCAUACAAAGCCGGGGAAUACUUCUUAACAAACAUAUUAAAACAACGAAAGAAACAGCAAAUUGAUGACCAUACUACAUUGUGAUUGAAAAAUACUACAAUGUAGAUGUGUUUAGUUAAGGUACAAUAGGAUUGAGUAAACAAUAAAUUCACAGAUAUUAUGAAAAAAAAAUUGUUGCAUUUUAGUGAUAGAAUGAUUUAAGCCAACAUAUUACUGUUAAUAUAUUGAUAAUAAAUAUUCUGUUUUUUGUUUAGAUUUUACAAAAUUGAAAUGUAGUAAAAUGUAAUUUUACGUUAUAUAUAAAUUGAAUGCAAAUAAAGUUCAGAUUACUAUUUCAA